AGCUGCUGUGCAAAAAUUACGGAAUCCAUUGUUUUCCGGAUUGAAUAAGCCUUUCCUAUUACCGCGGGUUUUCUAAAAUACUAGCACUAAAACCUCAAGUCUCACCUAAAAUUACCCAAAUCACGCAUUCUAGCCACUUCAAAAGAACAGAAAUGACUUUGUAGCGAGGGAACUAUGUUCGGGUUCGGUAAGGUUAAGGAACGCACUACAUCGGCCGAAUCCAUACCGCAAACCGACUUAGAUGACAAGCCGGGAAAACUCAAGCGCCAUGGAACGCUUCAAAGCUUGGAGGUUUUCCAGGCAUGGGCUAAGGAUUCUUUCUUAAGGGAUUCAACUAUAGACAUUUUAGUGUCUGAGCACGAAAUUGAUUGCAUUCCAGCUGUCUUGGCGUUGAAAAGUGAGGAUAUUUCUCAGUUGGGUCUACCGGUUGGUCAACAGAGGCUUUUAGAAGGUGCGGUCGAUAAAUUGAAGCAAGAAUACGAGUUAGUUCGACCACCGACCCCGCUUACGAGAAUAAGCCUCGAAACACCGGCGUAUAAAACAAUGCUUGAAAUAAGUGAGAAACAAGAGGGAGAAGGGAUAGAAAUGACCACACCAACGGAUGAUUUCAGAUCUAUGUCCAGUCAAGAUGGCCAGAGCUCUCGUGAAAUUUCACAAGCGUUUGCUAGCCCUCCGUAUGGAAGUGAAAGCAAGCUCGAAAAAGAAGGAUUACUAAAAUUCGACCACGAAAGAGCAGCCAAGCAAUCAAGUGGCGAAGGGAAAAGUUCUAGACCCCAGCCACGCAGCAUUCCCAAUGGAGAGGAGCCUGGUAAAGAAGAUGACGACAACACGGUACUGCGUUGGGUCAUUUGCCUAAUUUUCAUGCCACUGUACAUCGUCAUUUCCAUAUUUGGUAUUGUCAUUUGGCUACUAAUGGCGCCAUUCCUGAUCUGCAGUAAGCAAGACAGUUGCUAUGCCAACACUACAUACGAUAUUUACGAGAAGGUCGUCUUGGCGCCGGUGAGAGCCUAUCAUUGGGCGAAACUAAAACGAGGCAGUGCGGGCCUGAACAUGAGAAAAAAGCGUUAUGGAGGCACCGAAGACCCCGAGAAAGGAACCAAGAAAUAAUGAAAAUAAUUAUUCCAUCGAUCAAUGGGGGAAGACGUCAAGCCAGCAAUGAUAAUUUUGUGUUCGUACUUUUAUUAUUUACGUAUUUACUUUUACUUAUGUAUAGAGCAUGGCUUUUGUUUUCAAGAUCUAGAUGAGUAACAGCCUUUAUGCCGUGUUAAGCUUAAUGCUGGUUCUGUCGCAAUGGGUGUUUCAGAAAUAUGCACAAUGGCCAUCAAGACGGCGUAUCACUUUAGAGUCGUUUAACUUCCUUUGCCCCUGAUACGUCUAGGGCUGCUUUGCUGGCACACCAUCCGCUGGCCGUGACAACGUGACAGUGUUCUUUGACAUCUAGAAAGCGAGAUACUAACCAUGCAGUGGCGGAUCCGCGAGUUCAAAAUAGUGGGUGGAUAAUGGUCGGAUUAGACGGCUUAUACAGAUACUGAUCCAGUGGUUUUUGGUAUGUCACAUAGUCUAACAAUAGUUAAUGCUGAAUUGGAUUUGUCGAGUCAGAAAAGUCAAGCAGGCGAAGUCUUGAGUUUUACUCAAAAAGGGGGGUGGAUAUCCACCCAAUCCACCCCCCUGUAUCCGCCCCUGCCAUGCCUCUUCCUUGACCCUGUCAUAGGUUUGACCAUAACCCCACGCCACUGUGACUUUGAAGUGUGAUCGUGACAUGAACUGUGGCCUGCAGCGUUACACCCAGACCGUGACCCUGUUGUAACAGUUUCGUGACAGUUGUUAUCUUGAUAAACCCCACCAUGACCGUGACCUGUAGUAUGAUCUUGACCUGUAGUGUGACCGUGACCCUGUUGUGACCGUUUCGUAAUUGUUGUUAUUCUGAUAAACCCUACCAUGACCGUGACCCGUAGCGUGACCGUGACAUAUAGUGUGAACAUGACCUAAGUUUGACCUUGACUUAUAGCUUGACUGUGACCAGAAGUUUGACCGUGACUUAAAGUGUGACCGUAACUUAUAGUGUGACCGUGACCUGUAGUGUGACCGUGACCUGUAGUGUGACCGUGAUCUGUAGUGUGACCGUGACCUGUAGUGUGACCGUGACCUGUAGUGUGACCGUGACCUGUAGUGUGACCGUGACCUGUAUUGUGACCGUGACCUAUAUUGGGACCGUCUGGUAUCAUCUUCUGGUGGUAAGGCAUUUCCAGGUAUACUCCAUGUACUAGACAAAAUCAUAUUCAGGAUCAAAUUUUUGUAUCACCCUACUCUUUCGUUAUGGAGAUUUUGUAUUAAGGGUUAAUUCAUCCAUUAGGUGGUCUUAGUUUUAUACAUCUAUGCUUCAUGGCCAAGUCCCACAAGAAAACCUUUGUUCAUCACUCAUUCAAUUCCUUUAUACAAUCACUCAAAUCCAUGGGCCUAUUUAAACACUAAGUACGAAUCUAGGGCUUCUCAAUGUACCUAGUGCCAUCGACACUAUUUAUAUGACAGUAUUGCCAACAAUUUACAUCCAUAAAAUUCAUUUCGCUCUUUGAUUGUUCAUAUUAGGUAAAUCACAUCGCUACGAUCAAUUCUCCCCUUCACCUCCAGUGCCGAAGCGCCCAUAGGGGCUGAGGAGGCCCGUGCCCUCCAACUUUUCCAAUUUUUUCUCUGAAAUUAUAAGGACAUGGGUGUGCCUCGAGUUUUCAAAAUGUCUCUGUAUAGCGCUCCCCAGUUUCGAGGCCUGCUAGGCCUCGAUCAUCUUUCAAUCAUCUUGUAUAUUCAGUGCCGUAGCAGGCAUCAAAAUAUUAGGGGCCCAACCCAGAAACCCGUUAGAAAAUAUUGUGGGGCACAGCAACACCCCUACUGGUCAUUUCCUUAAAAAUUUUGAAAAUAUUGGAGGCGGAGGGGGGGGGGGGGGGGCACGUGCACCCAGUGCCCAACCCCGGCCCUGGCCUUAGCACACCCUGUGGCGCUCUGGGUUCCCACGGGUAAAGAUGAGGGUCGUUUUCUGAACUGUUCCGUGUAACCAAGAAAAGGAUUAACAAACGCCCUCAUUCCAUUAUUAUUAGGCGGCGGUAGCAACUGUUGCAUGGAGAGUGGAACGUAGUACUGCUCCAAGGAUAGGCGGCGAAGCAGCAAGCUCCGCAGUAAAAAUUGUCGGACGCUUUAGAGCAAGCUGUUCACAAAAUUCUCUCGAGGCUUUCCCGCCGCUGUUUGUAUUCUUGUUCGUUCGCAUUACUGUAGAGCAACAACAAAAAUUUCUAUUAAAGCGUUUCGCUUUUCUGGUCAAAUUCAGAACAAGAGGAAUUGUUUGUAGAAUAAAGAUAAGGUAGUGGUUCAGCCCCUUAGCAAAUGGGAUUGACAGCCCACUUUACUGAUAUACAGUAAAUAUUGGUCUAUCUAUUAACUUAUAUUAUUUAGGAAGAUUUUGUAAUUCGUUAUCAACUAUUAUUAGCGUUUACCUAUUAAACGACCAAACUCUAUAAAGCGGUCACCUAUGAAUGACCAGCCUCUAUUAGACGGCCAAUUGACCUCAUAUUGGAGUAUUGCCCCGAGAAUGGCUGCUCGGUACCACUGUACCAUAAAAAUUUGAAAUAAAACUUUUAAGUUUACGAAUUAUUUUUCACGUAUCAGUCAAUACAUAUAUAUAUAUAUAUAUAUAUAUAUAUAUAUAUAUAUAUAUAUAUAUAUAUAUAUAUAUAUAUAUAUCGAAAUAUUUUAUGGAAAAUAUUAUUUUAAUGAAAUUAUUUUGUUACUCGGAGUAUCAGGGAUAUAUGAGAUAUUAUAGGAGUCUAGUAAUAGGCAGAAAUAUAAUCAAACUAAAGUCGUGUAUUAAAUUAAAAAUGAAAUAAAAUAUGGUGAGAAUAUAAUGAUACCACAA